AUGGUUGCGGAUGACGAAUCUAAUUACUCGAGCAACGACGAGAAUGACCCUAGCUUCAUUGCUAUGCAAGCGCAACAGCGGCUCUUUCAGUUGAAGAGAGAUCGAGAUGAGCGCUUGGGCGCCUUGGUUGAAGACUCGGCCACAGCUAUGGAAGAGCUACGCAGCCGUGUCGUCGCAUACCAGAAAGAACGGCGCUCAAAGCAGACAAGGCUGAUUGGGAAAAGAGCUGAUGUCUGCGCCGCAUCCGUCAUGAAGAUCGUCGAAGCCGUUGAGCGCAGAAAGGAGAUUGAGCAGCGGAUGGAAACGCUUGUUUCCAAGGUCAACAAUACAACUCGAGAGGUUGAAGACAUGAUGAAGGCAGGCUUUCGUGGGAGGGAGAAGGAUAUGAAGCAAGCCAGAUGA